CCGUAGUUGUCUGGUAUCAUAGCAACCCACAUUACCAAGAAAGUAGUCAAACAACCGCUAUUUCUUUUUAAUGUGUCUGCUUCAGCAGUUAUUUGGCUACAAAUCCUAGUUCGUGUGUAAUUAUUCACAGACUUCGUAUUCAGCGUGUAUUUUCUGUUUGAGAGCAGCAGAGGUUGCAUGUUCGCGUCAGCUCGCGCAGGAAAAUGGACGAGGUUUUACAACGUAUUUAUGUUGAAAGAACCCUGGCUAUCAUCAAACCUGAUGUAGUUCAUCAAGCCGAGGAGAUCGAGAAAGUCAUCCUGAAGGGAGGUUUUUUGAUCCUUCAGAAGCGCAGGCUGCUGCUGAGUCCUGAGCAAUGCAGUGAGUUUUACGUACACCAGUACGGAAAGCUCUUCUUUCCCAGCCUGACGGCCUUCAUGAGCUCCGGCCCCAUUGUGGUCAUGACACUGGCUCGGCACAACGCCAUCGCUCACUGGAAGUCCAUGAUCGGCCCUGACAACAUGGCCGUAGCCAAAGAAUCAUAUCCAGAGAGCCUUCGAGCAAUAUACGGAACUUCUGACCUAAAGAACGGUCUUCAUGGCAGCGACUCGUUUUUAGCAGCAGUGAGGGAGAUUAGAUUUAUGUUUCCCAACACUAUAAUUGAACCCUUUCAGUCUAAAGAACAAACCGAAGAGUACUUGAGCAUGAAUGUGAUCCCCGUUCUCCUGCGUGGACUUACUGAGCUCUGUAAGGAAAAGCCUCUCCGCCCCUGCAUUUGGCUUGCUGACUGGCUACUGAAUAAUGAUCCAAGCCAGCCUAAAAUAAAUAAUGGUUGAUAAAAAGUGAAGAUAAAAAGUGACAUCCAGGAGCCUGAUUGCUGUUUUCCCUUUUGAUUGUUUCUGGCAAAUUCAUGUGUUCAGUAUCAUAUAUGCAAAUAUAUGGAUACUUGGUAGCAGUAAAGAGCUUUGUUGAUUUUCUCUUGUAGAUCAAAAAAUUCUUCUAGCAUGUUGAUAUUAGUGAUUAAGCAGUGUGUUUAAACUCCAUAUCUAAAACAAUAUUGUAAAAUGAAAUAGAUAAAACACUGUAACAUAUUUUCAACUGACAUGGUUUUGCAAUAACUCUUUUUAUCAUCCUUUGCAGAGCCUUAAAAUUCCAAUAAAUUUAAUUGAGUAAUCUCACUAAAACUAAAAAGGAUUUUAAUCAAAACUCUAUGGUUAAAAUGAAUUAAUAUGUUCUGUCAAAAUCAGCACUGAUCCAGACAUGGCUGUUCGUAUCAGAGAAGGGACAGCUAAUCCAAAUAGCCUCUUUUUUUUCUUUUUUUUUGUUUGCUGAAAUGCCUUAAGAUGACAUGUGUAGUGAAUUGAUGUUACAGAAAUAAACUAUGUUGUAUUAGAAGAAAAACAUGACGGUUUCACAAUUAUGCCACUUAAUGUUCAUAUGGUCUAGUCAAAUCCCUUAUCUAAAUCUCACCGAAAAUCAGAAGAAAGACUUAAAAGUUGGUCAAUACAUGCUCUCCAUCCAAUCUGACAGAACUUUAUCUAUGAUGCAAAAAAUGGUCGAAAUCUUCAGUCUCAUUGUUCACAUGACAACGCUUUGAAAAUGAAUUAUAAUUUUUCUGCUGCUUCACAAGUUUGCACUGCUUUGUCUUGUCCUGUUACAUAAAAUCUCAAUCAAAUUAAGGGAAGUUUCUGUCUGUCAUGCCGUGUGAGAAAAUGUAAAAAAAUAAAUAAAUAAAAUAAUAUAAUGUUCAA